UCAGCGCAGUCGCCGUCUGUACCGCUCGUCGAACAGUCACAAACAUGGCGUUACGAGAGCUGUCGUCGCUGGAGAAAUACUUAGGAUUAAAAAAGCCGAACAAAUACAGCACCCAGGGGGAUAAAAAGACUCCUGUGCUUCAGAAAAAUAAUGGCCCUGCUCUGACGGGACUGGUCACCAUCGCCUGCCAUUUGGCAAAAGAAGCCAAGCGUCCAGACCUUUUGGGAGACUCUCCUGAGCUCAGAGCUGUGGUUCAGCAGUGGUUGGAGUUUAGAGUCACCAAGCUGGAUGGCUGUCCCAAAGAAGAUAUUAAAACUAUACUAAAGGACCUCAAUUGUUACCUGCAAGACAAAGUUUACAUGGCUGGAAACCACUUUACCCUGGCUGACGCAUUCAUGUAUUAUGGGAUUCACUCACUAAUGGUGGACUUGAGCAUCCAGGAGAAGGAACAGUACCUGAAUGUGACACGAUGGUUCGACCACAUCCAACACUACGCCGGCGUCCGUCAUCACCUUCCUCCAGUAGUUGUGCUGAAGAACCGCAUCUACCACAGUAGACACCACUGACGGGCCACUCAUAAAUACCACAUUGGAUUCAGACCGCCGAAUGUGUGUUGUCUGAGAUGACUUGGGAUGUGUUUUUUAUUUUCAAAAUUCACUGUAACGUCCUUCCAUAUUGCUUCAUUCAACUUGGUUACUUCCCUUACAUUGCUUCCUGUGAACAGCCGCCUGGAAACACUUGUGGUACCAACAUUUCUUUUGAUUUCAAACACACAAAGCUCUCCAGGGUUAAUGAAGGGAACAUUUUUGCUCACAAUAAAAUAUUUAUAAUGGUUUUAUUGUCUUAAACUAUUAACACGUGUCAUGGAACGUUGGUUUGUGAAAUACUUUCAUGCGAGCAAUUUGAUUUGUGUUGAGCAAAUGCUUGAUUAAAAAGGGAUCUUUUGUUAA